GAUAAAACAGCUUGCAAACUAGACGAGAGUUCACUUUUUUUUUCGAUCAUUGUGUAUCGUGAAACUAGAACUUAUUCAACUAACAUUACAAAUUUAUUAUUUUACAUGCUCUUUUUUCAUUUAAUUGAACAAUCCUCUUUUACUAAAGCAUUUUAACAAGUUUCUUUGGUUAUCUUUUCUUCCCCACCCCCAACAAAUCCGGUUCCCCACCUAAUUCUCUUGCAAUGGUCGUAUCUCUAGUUCUUUCGGCGACAUGUGUUGAAUAGUGUAAGGUAACGUAUCAGUGACAUACAAGUGGAUGCAUGUAGAAAUAUAAAUAUACAAAUGCAUCAUACGUGGAAGGUGUACGAAGCGUGCACGAUGUGUACAUGACCAUACGUUGGCAAAGGUGAGUGAAAACUUGAUUCAAGAUGGCGUCAGCGACAUUUAUGCUGCUGUCAAAGCAGCUUGGGAUACGCCUAAAUUCAUCAUUAUCCGCAAUAAUAGAAGGAAUGUGAAAUUCGCACCGGUUUCGCGGAAGAACUUAAACUCCGUGAGCCUCGGAGCUGAACGCGAAACUCAUAACUUUCAAUGUAUCUCGCGAUACGUCUACGCGAGCUUGAGUGCCAUUAGAGGCUAUCUCGUCAUUUUUUGGCCAGCACAAUGAUCCAAGAAGCUUCGGUUGCCGGGCUGACUAUUUUCCUCGACUUCUUUCGCAUCUCUCAUACGUCUCAAACUCAUCUGCACUUAUAACUAUGUGCGAUAGAGUGAAAGACAUAAAAUAAUUUAAGCAAGAAAUGGAGGCACUGGUAGAAUAUAAUUAUAAAGCUCAGCAAUCGGAUGAAUUAACUAUACGCAAGGGUGAUAUUAUAAAAGACAUUAAAGUGUCAACUGGAGGAUGGUGGGAGGGCACUUUAAGAGAUAAGCGUGGAAUGUUUCCUGAUAAUUUUGUCAAAGUUCUGGAGCCUUUAGGUGGAGCUAGAAAUAAUGCGGAGAAAGUUGUGAAGCAAGAUGAAGUCACUCUGCGUAAUGGUUCUGGAAGAAAAUACUGUAAAGUACUUUUUAGUUACGAACCUUGUAAUGAUGAUGAACUUAAACUAAUUCCUGAUGAAGCUAUAGAGUAUUUAGGUGAAGUUGAAGAAGGAUGGUGGAGAGGACGUAUCAAAGGUAGAACUGGAGUUUUUCCUUCAAAUUUCGUUUCUUCACCAGUUCCUGAGGAGACAGAAAGAAAUAAAGAUAAGAAGGAAUUGUGUAGAGUAUUAUUUCCUUAUGAAGCAGCGAAUGAAGAUGAAAUUACAAUCGCUGAUGGUGAUAUUAUUACGUUAAUAUCAAAAGAUGCACCCGAUAAAGGAUGGUGGAAAGGCGAAUUGAAGGGACAAAUUGGUCUCUUCCCUGAUAAUUUUGUAGAACUAUUGACAUUAAAAAAUGAUCAAUUCGCAGAUAAUCAAGUAAAUCAAGUUUCAACAUCAAAACCAACGAAAAAAUAUCAAGCUGGAAAAAGAAAGGAGACUGCUAAUAUUCGAAAAAGUUUAGACACACGAAAUCCUUCCACUGAUGCAGCUGUAAAAAAAGUUACAUCCGCAUUCUCAUCCUUAUCUGGAAGUUCUGUAGAGAAAAAAACAACUAAUGCUCUAAUUUCUAGCUUAAAACGUUUAGUAAGUGAUAAUAGCAGUAAUAAUAAUGGAAAUGGAAGUACAGGUAUUGGCUUAGGAGAAGAAUUAGAUGAAGUGGAAAGAGGAGAAGGUGCUCCUUUGUCACAUUUAACAGCAUCAAGAGCUAAAGCUCCACGUCGAAGAUUACCAUCAACACAACAUUUGAGGCAUCACAAUAUAGCUACUACUCCCACAACAAUAAGUAGUACCAAUAAUGCUUUAAUAUUGUUAACGGAGGAAAAUAUGACAAAUGGGAGUUUGGAUGUUUUGGAAGCAGCAACUAAAGAUGAUGAAAGUGAUGGAACGGUUGCUAAAUCUAAACGUAUAGCUCCAUGGGUAGAAGAACUUAAAUUAAAUCAAAUGGAAAGAAGAAAGAUGAGUACAGAUCGACCAGAGAAGGUAGAGACUAAAAAAGAACGAAUAUUAUCCUGGAUACCAUCAUAUUCAAAUAAUGCUGAUGUCAUAUUGAAACCAGAUUUAGAUGUAGAGUACACCAAAUUGAAGGAUAAGGAUAAAGAUAAAGAGAAGCCACAUAGAGCAGAAUCUAGCCCGCCAUCCGAACAAUCUGCUUCAUCGCCCGUAUCAAAUCUAUCUGCUUUUGUCCCAUAUCAUCUUUAUAGUCAAUUGUUAGAAAGGAUUGCAGUAUUAGAAGAAAAUCAGGCUGUUCUUCAAAGAAAAGUUAACCAACUUUCAGAACAAUUGACUCCUUUAGUUAACACGAGUGAUAAAGAUUAAUUUAUGAUAAUUUCACAA